CUCACUGUCAAAACUAAUCUUCAAACAGUGAAUCCUAUUCUAACGGUACAUUUCGCGGAACUCCACAAGAACUCAUCCUAUAGGAAAUAUGACUUCAAACUCCGACCAGCGGCUGGACCACCUUCUGAGCGUGGUGGAGAACGAGUUUCAGAAGGGCAGCGAGAAAGGAGAUGCCUUGGAGAGGGAUAUUAAACUGGGACUAGAAGACGCAGAAUUAUGGACCAAGUUUAAAGAACUAACCAACGAAAUGAUCGUCACCAAGACUGGCAGGUAGGCUAUGGUUGGUUUUUGCUGUUAGCUACGGAUCAAAAUGAGGCCUUCGAGGCCUACUGGCCUGCCUCGCUAAAAGCAAAGUUUAUCUGGAGAGAUCUUAGCGCGCAUAUACGCACGACUUUACAAAGUUAAACGUUACUGAUGCGCACAGGUUAGAUCUGCAACAGGCAUGUUCAGCCUUUUAGAAUAGUCUAGAUGAGAGGGUGUUGGCCAGGCAAUAGGCCAUAUCUAUACUUUACUGCUACAACUUGAAUACCAUGUCAAGAAUUAGGCAUAACGCGCAACGGUCGUCAAAUCGUAUAAAACCUAUUAUUAAGAUAAAGUAACAGGCCCAGAAGUGGCACCCAUUUUAAUGCAAAUAUAUCUAUGUCAAAUAAUUCAUUUAUAAAGAUCAACGGCUGAGCCAACAUAACAUAAUAUUUGGGCUUGCUUAGGCUAUAUGUUUAUUUAACAACUUUAUUUUAACCUACAGGCGGAUGUUUCCAGUGCUCAGAGCGAAUGUGAGCGGCUUGGACCCCAACGCCAUGUACUCAGUCCUCUUGGACUUCGUGGCUGCAGACAACAAUCGGUGGAAGUACGUGAACGGCGAGUGGGUUCCCGGUGGCAAGCCCGAGCCACAGAGCCCUAGCUGCGUCUACAUCCACCCAGACUCGCCUAACUUCGGAGCGCACUGGAUGAAAGCACCUGUUUCAUUCAGCAAAGUCAAACUGUCCAAUAAACUCAACGGGGGAGGACAGGUAAGGCCCCGAUUUGUUUUGUCGUCUUCUGGGUUCGUAUUUGUAGUACGCUUAUUCAUUAUUAUGUAAAUCAAUUUAAAGUCAACUUGGUAGGCUAGGUCACAUUGCCCAGCUCUCUCAGAGCUAAUGAUGCUCUACCCUGCUGUGCUGAAUUACAAAGUUAGGCCUUUUCUGGGGAAAAACGGUGUUCAUUUCAUGGCAAAUCAACUUCACAAUGUUUUAUUAGGCCUCUGUAGGCCCAUUGCACAUUGCUAUCUUAUUCAUUUGGGGUGUGUGUUUUAGAUAUUUUUUUGUUUUAGAUAAAAAAAAUGUAUUAUGCUUUAUUGUGAUAUUAUUAAAAUAAUGUAUAAUUUAUAUCUAGAUCAUGCUGAACUCUCUGCACAAGUAUGAGCCCAGAAUACACAUUGUGAAGGUUGGAGGGAUACAGAAGAUGAUCAGUAGCCAGUCUUUCCCCGAGACUCAGUUCAUCGCUGUCACUGCUUACCAGAACGAAGAGGUCAGUUGGCCUGAAUAACACAGUCACAGAGAUAAUCAUUGUUCACAAUAAUAAACAUUAUAUUGUGUUCAGCUUACAGUGAAUGAAGAAAGUGAUUUUAAUUGUCAUAUUUAUGUACCUUCUAGAUAACUGCAUUGAAGAUCAAACACAAUCCAUUCGCUAAAGCUUUCCUCGAUGCCAAAGAGAGGUGAGAGGAAGAGACUGAUAUUGUGUCAGCAAUAUGAUGAUGCUUUGUUCUGUAUUUAUUUUAUUUUAUGUGUGAAUUCUGAUGUUCUGCUUACAAUUUUAGGAGCGACCAUAAAGACAUGCCAGACCAUGGUGGAGACAGUCAACAGUCUGGUUAUUCUCAACGUAAGUCUUCUCUUCAGUUCAGCAACAUCAACCACAUUAGAAAAGCUAUUUCUAUAUCUCUCCAUUUCAAUUCCAACAAUCAAACCAAGUCAUUAUAUGUGACAUAAUUUUCCAACAAACUUUUCUUAAACGUUCAGAAAACAAUUAUCAUCAUCAUCAUACAUCUUGAUGUGCAUUAACCGAACCAUUUUGUCUCUUCUCUCCCUCCAGUUGGUGGUUGGUUUCUACCUGGUAACGGUCCUAUGUGCCCCAGCAGCAGCCCCCCUCCGUUCAGCGGGGCCCCUGGCUACUCCUCAGGGUCCUACUGUGAGAGGUACUCCAGCCUGAGGGGCCACAGGGCCGCCCCCUACCCCAGCCACUACCCACACCGCUCCACCAGCUCAAGUAAGACCAUCCUCUACCCAACCCAGCACUCUGGGAAUCCACUGUUUACUGUUUAUUCUGAUCACUAGUCAGACUCAUAGGUAUAGAUUACAGCAUGGGGGUUUCAUGGAUUUCAAGAUGUUGGUUAAAAAAUGUUUGAGAAAUCUCCCCUGAAGGAAAUGCAUUGUUUUGAUCAGAGAAAUGUUUGUAUGUUGUUUUUAGUAAUUUCUCUAUGUACUUUAUUGUUUAGACAACUACAUGGACAAUUCGUCGGGAGCCCUGCCCCCCCAUGACAGCUGGUCAGCCCUGCAGAUCCCUAACUCCACUGGGAUGGGAACCCUGGCCCACACCAGCAACUCCGCAUCCAACUCCAGGUAUGGCAAUACAUGGUCAUAGUUGAUCAUAUAUAUGUUUUCUGAUAUCACACUUUUAGUUUUCGUGACUUUCCUGACUACAUGACUUGAUCAGGAACAUUCUGGGCCUAGGCCUAAACUUAAGGACGAGAUAGGGGAGAAAAAAAAAAGAAACGAAAAAAGCGAGAGGCGCGAUCUAGAGAUGAGAGGAGAGAGAGAGAGUGAGAAGAGAGGAAGGAGAAAGGCUACGAGAGAGAAUAGAGAGAGAAGACCAGACUCUCUAUCUCUCUCUAUCGCUGAUCUCUCUCUAUCUGAUCUCUCUCUCUCUCUCUCUCUCUCUCUCUCUCUCUCUCUCUCUCUCUCUCUCUCUCUCUCUCUCUUACAGCCAGUAUCCCAGCCUGUGGUCUGUUGCCGGGACGGCCCUAACUCCUUCCGGCUCCGCCUCUGGUUCAAUCGCUGGCGGCCUGACCAGCCAGUUCCUGCGAGGCUCCUCCUACACAGGCCUAACCUCCUCCCUGCCUGUAUCCUCACCAUCCUCCAUGUACGACCCCAGCCUUAGCGAGGUGGGUGUAGGAGUGGGCGAGGCCCAGUUCGAAAGCUCCAUCGCCAGGCUCACUGCCUCCUGGGCACCCGUGGCUCAGAGCUACUGA